CGUUAAUGUCACUUUUCAUAUUGGCAAACCUGUUUGACUGUCAGAAUUUUCUUCAAGAAUCUUGACGCUGUUGCGCAACUUUGACAAGACAAGUAGUGUAAAAUUAGCAAAUUUUUAAAGAAUUAAUGUCGUUUUUGUUUCUAAUAAUUCUUUGACAGUGCAAGAAUGUGUGAUGAUAUUAAGUUUUCUACUAGAUUAUUAAGUAUCGUUAUUAUUUAUAAAAAUGUGUUUUAAAAGUCAGCUGGUGGCCAUCUUGUUUCUUACUGGAAAUGAAAACAUGGAAACUGACUUUUUUCAAUAAAAUUAACCGUAUGUUUUAUCAUCAGUUAAUAAAUGAUGGUUCAUUUUACCUGAAAAAAAUUAAAAAUGGCUGCAAAUGAUGGAACUAGUGCAGAGUUAUUUCCUGGGUGGUCAUCGGUUGUCCACCAACCUGCUGAAGAGCCUGAAGAAACAGAUUUACCAAGCACAGUAGAUAUUGCUGCACUAAGUGUUGAACCUAAUAAUACUGGACCUGUUAAUGAUAAUAGUGACUCAGAAAACGAUUCUGAAGCUGAUUCUAGUAACUCCGCUUCUGAUGCAUCUCAGUCACAGUCAGAUUCUUCAGACUCCGAAGACAGUUCGACAUCAAGUCAAGAAUCAUCAUCCCGUAGUGGACACAGCAGUCCCAGUCCUGAAUUCUCUGUCACCAGUUCGCAAACAGGACUUCGUUUAACUAUAGCCACAAUUCGCAAACCAAGUCCUACAGGUGACAAGAAUAUGCCAAAAAUAACUGAACAUUCAAAGUCUACAAGUAAAUCCACAUCUUCGAGUUCUGACAGUUCGCCUUCAAGUGAUUCAGAUAGUGAAUCUGAAAAAAGUGAACGGAACAAAAAUGUUGAGGUUAAGAAUGAGGCUAAAGCCAGUUUGCCUGUUAAAGAUAGCAAUGUCAGUGUGAGACAAACAAGAAGAGUUGGAGCCAAGACGAGAGCUAGGGUUGCUGAGAAGAAGGAAGAAAAACCUUUAAAGAAUAUCAAAAAGGAUGGUCCAUCUUCUAGCGGUAGCAAACCUGGGAAUGCUAGGAUCAGACUCAGAGGUAGAAGAACAAGAAAGAUGGCUUCUCUGCCACUCUCAAGAGGCUCCACUUAUUCCAGUUCUGACUCAGACGAUUCGGACGCAGACAGUGCCAUGUUGGCUUCUUGCAGUCUACAAGAAAUUCGCCAAGAAGACCUUGCCGCUAUCUUGCCAGACCAACAGGAAAUCGAUGCUUUUGAUUUUGAAUGUAACCGUACAGACAAAAAUUCUCCAGCCACCGGAGAUGUAUCCGGAUCUGAUAUGGAGCUACCACAACAAGCUGUCAAUGCAUUAAUACAGAGAACCACAGAAAGUUCUAGCGAAGGAGAAUCACAUGCGCCCCCAAAUCCGUUUAGUUUGUAUGCCAAUAGUUUAUUACAGCAAUUUGUAGCUCAGACGCAGCUUUUAAAUGCUCCUUGUCCGCCUAUGCCUUCACUUAGCGAACCUUUGGAGCCUACUGUAAUUCCCAGCAGUUCAUUAGACACUCAAAGUAACAAACCUGAUACAGAGAAUGUUAAAAAACGUCGAGGCAGGCCCAAAAAAUCUGAUAAUAUUACUCAAGUAGAAAAAUCACAGGAAUAUUGUACAAAUCCAAAUGUUUCUCCCGAUUCUGGUAUUCAGAACAGUCCUGAUCAUGUAUCCAGUCCUGAGCCUAUCCUUUCGCCGGCAAUAAAACAAAAAUCUGUUCCCAUUAAGGAGGAAACUAAAAAAGCAGAAAAAAUAAAAACAAAAACCGAAAAAAUUGCUACUAGAACUAACAAUAAUAUUAAACAAGUACCUGCAAUAGCUAAAUCAAAAGAAAUAAACAAAAUACCAGUUACGUCCAAUAGAUUUGAUAGGGUUAUGUAUGCUAAUGCCGAUAGAGUACUAUAUCCGCCGCGGAGAUUAGCUGGAAGACCACCAGCUGGUAAAAAAGGUCCAGGAAGGCCGCCAAAGCACAGACCUCCACUAGUUGCAGAUCAGAACAAUGUGAAAAAUGUAGAAAAGUCUAAAGAAAACCAACCGAAAUCUUUUAAAGGUAAACCUAGAAGUGUGCCAGUACUUAGUACAAAGAAUGCACAUAAGAAAAAUAAAUUUCAGACACUCAAAGUACCCAAACUUAUGCAUAGCAAACACAAACAUAAAAAACACAGGAAAUACAAAUUUAAAAUUUUGAAACCGCUUGUGGCAACAAAUCCCAAAGUAAGCAUAGAAAUUGAAAAGCUCAUAGCAGACUUUAUAAAAUAUUGUGUUAUAGCAACUAAGCAACAACCUAAAGAAAAUGUUCCAGAACAAAUUCUAAAAACGUUGAAGAAGGUCACAAAGAAACGAAAAACUACAGAAUAUGCUGAGAAGAAGAAAAAGAAGCAGAGCGUAAGCUCGACAGAUAAUAAAGUUAAUAACUCAAAUGAGCAGCGUUUACCUCUUAAAAAGAGGCAUUAUCAUAUGGUAAACAGUAGUGAAAGUAAAGAACCUGAAGAAGUUAAAAUAGAACCUGAAGAAGCAAAUAAAACUGAUAAACCUAAAGAAAAGGUAAAGCAAAACGUAACUGCAAGUAAAGUAGAAAAAGAAAAACAAAACGUAACCGCGAGUAAAGUAGAAAAAGAAAAGCAAAACGUAACUGCUAGUAAAGUAGAAAAAGAAAAGCAAAACGUAACUGCGAGUAAAAUAGAAAAGGAAAAGCAAAAUGUAACUGCGAAUAAAGUAGAUAAAGAAAAGCAAAACGCAACUGCGAGUAAAAUAGAAAAAGAAAAGCAAAACGUAACUGCGAGUAAAGUAGAAAAAGAAAAGCAAACCGUAACUGCGAGUAAAAUAGACAAAGAAAAGCAAAACGUAACUGUGAGUAAAGUAGAAAAAGAAAGACAAAAAACGAGUACUACUGAUAAACCUCCUAAAGCAGAAACUGUGAAACACCCUGUACCUCCUAGACACAUCCCUGUUAUUAAAUCUAAUGGUACAGCUUCACCUAAAGCUCAGAAUGUCAACAACAAUGACUAUGACUUAAAAGAACCCACUAAGAGUGUCAUUAAAGAAGUUAAAGAAACCAAGCCUGUAAUAAAAGACACAACAACGGCAAUCGGUAGCCACAUUGAAGAAGCCAUUGAAGCUUGCAUUAAUAGGUAUGCUGAAGGAAAAACUCCAGAAACUAAAGUUACGGAACGGCCGCCAAGUUCCAUUGCUACAACUCCCAAAAAAAGGCAUAGAUUAGAAAUGACCGAAAAAGUAAAAUUAGCUUCGAUUAUUAAGGAAGAACCUAUAACUAUUAAAGAAGAAAUUAUUACUGAAAAAGACAAACCUAAAAUUAGCAUUGAAUCUUUUAUCACGGAGUUGAAAGCAAAAAGAAAUCUUCUACCAAGAUCGCCUGAGGCCGAGGAAUAUGAUAAGAAGCUUAUUAAGAAAGUUGAAGAGGUUAUUGUAAAGGAACAGCCUGUCAAUGAUCCCAACACUAAAUUGUCCCCAGAGUCUGUUAAGAAGAAAGUUAGGAAAAGACGUGCUAUUAAUAGAACAGGUUUCCCAACAAUACGAAGAAAGAAGAAAAAGUCAGCUUCAGAAACUUCCCCUACUCUUCCAGUGGAGUCUCAGCCUUCUCACCCUUGUGAUCGGGUGCCCAAGGAAGGUGAAGAAUAUACCAAAUUCGUGCAAAGAACUGAAAAAUCUGAAAAUGCUGUAUUAAGACCAAUGACACCAGAAAAAGCCAAGAUAGAUGAUCCCUCCAGAUGGGAGCUUAUGAGUGAAUGUGAAAGCUUGCCACAAGAUGAAAGAAUUUAUUUUGAUGAUGAUAUGAAACCAGAUAGAAUGACUCUUCGUCAAAGAGACAUCUCGCCCUCAACUUCGGUAGAAACGAGAAGCAGUGAACGUAGCAAAUCCAAGCCGGAUGAUAUCGAAAACGAUCUAGACGUGUCACUAGAAUCCAGCAUAGAACGACUGCGUUCCAGAUUGGAGGAACGCGGAAAACGCAAGAGAAGUAGAGAGAAAUUGUUGGACGCUUUGAGUAACUAUCCGAAACGAAAACUGCGAGAUACUUCGCCGGCGAGUAGUAUAGAACCGUUAAUGGAAAGAAGGUUGAAGGAUGAUCGUGCUUCUACCUCUGGAGACGAGAAAAGAGGAAGGAGAAGUUUGAGGUGGAAAAAGAAGUAUCUUCUAGCUGGGCUAUUUUCGGAUUAUUACAAAGAACAUGAUGAAGCAGUUCGUCAAAAACGAACAGAAAACGCCAGCAAGCCGUUCCGUAAUUUUACUUACAAUCCAUCUGAACAUCCAUAUGGUCUUUUACCACCACCGUACCAUUGUGGAAGGUACUUAAGGUGUCGCAAGAUUCCCUUCCAACUACCAUAUGACAUCUGGUGGCAACAUACUCAUUCACAAUUGCCUGGAAGAGACAUUGUCCCGUCCUGGAAUUACAGAAAAAUAAGAACAAACAUCUACAACGUCAAAAAUUCUACAGGUGCAUGCGAGCCUCAGCAAUGUAACUGCAAACCAUCCACUAAUUGCGGAGAUGAUUGUAUAAACAGGUUGGUAUUCUCUGAAUGCCCGACUUCCCAUAGAUGUCAAAAUCAGAAAAUACAGAGGCACGAGUGGUCACCAGGAAUAGAAAAAUUCAUGACAGAAUCAAAAGGUUGGGGUGUCAAAACCAAGCUUCCCAUUAAAAAUGGUGAGUUUAUUCUCGAAUACGUUGGUGAAGUAGUAGCUGAUCAAGAAUUCAAAGAACGUAUGGGUACUAUCUACACCAGUGACACCCAUCAUUACUGUCUUCAUUUAGACAGUGGACUCGUAAUUGAUGGACACCGUAUGGGCAGUGAUGGUCGAUUUGUAAAUCACUCUUGUAAUCCCAAUUGUGAAAUGCAAAAAUGGUCUGUUAAUGGACAGUUUAGAAUGGCGUUGUUCUCACUUAGAGACAUAGAAGGUGGAGAAGAGUUGACUUAUGAUUAUAACUUUUCUUUGUUCAAUCCUGCCGAAGGACAAGAAUGUAAAUGUGGCAGCGAAAUGUGCCGCGGUGUCAUAGGAGGAAAGACGCAACGUGUCAGACAACUUCCCGAACCUGCAAUAUCCGAUAAGAAACACCCAGGCAGGGUAGGCAGGCCAAGGAAAACAGAAGCCAAAAAGAAAGCCAACAACAGCAAGGAAGUUGAAAAAGUUCCGACCGCCACUUCACUAUUACCCUUGAUCCAAGUGAAACCGAUGAGCCAUCAACAGAAAUGUUUUAUAUUGGAACACCAUUGUUUCCUGUUAAGAAAUCUGACAAAGGUCAGAAAGGUUCGAGAUAGGUCUCUAAGCACAGCUUCUGCAAUUUCAAGGUUACAAACUGCUACACCAACAGAUACGAGUGCUUUCUUAAAUCAAUUAAACGCCCUUCAGAAACCGAGAAACAUGAAGACGAGGCGGUUGGCACAAGCUGAAGAUGAUCCAGAACUUAAUAAGACAAUUAAGUUGGCGUCUUUGUUGAAAGAAAUUUGGACUAAGGUGACAUCUGCCAAAGAUGCUAAAGGCGAACUUAUGAGCACACCGUUCAUGACAAUGCCAUCAAAAAGAAAAGUUCCCGAAUUGUAUGCCCGUAUCUCUAACCCCAUAGACCUUUCGACAAUUGAACAGAACAUAGCCACUGGAGUUUACAAAACUCCGGAAGCAUUUGAUGACGAUUUCAAUCUCUUGUUCCGGAAUUACAUCAGAUUCUAUGGUCGCACCAAUGAAAUGGGAAUAACUGCGACAAAAUUGAAGAAAGUCUACAGCGAUUCUAAAAGGGGAUGUCUUACGAAAUUUGAGGAUACGUUAGGGGAGAAGCCGCCCCAUAAAUUUGUAUCCAACAGGAAAAAGAGUGAAGAGGAAGAUAUAAUUCGAUGCAUAUGCGGUAUUCCGAGAGAUGAGGGUCUCAUGAUACAAUGUGAAAGGUGUAUGGUUUGGCAGCAUUGCGAAUGUGUCAAAGCUGAUGUAUCUGCUGCCAGCUAUCAUUGUGAAAAUUGUGUGCCAAGAAAAGUCGAUUACGAGAUUCCGCUGAACGAAUUUACCGAACAUGGCCACAGAUACUACAUGACAUUAAUGAGAGGUGACCUUCAAUUACGACAGGGCGAUACGGUUUACAUGUUAAGGGAUAUCCCUAUUAAAGGAACUAACAAGAAACAUACCUAUGACACCAUAGGAAAGAUUGAAUACUCAGAAUUAGAUAUUUUCAGAAUCGAAAGGUUGUGGAAAGAAGAAAAGACGGGAAAACGGUUAGCUUAUGGACAUCAUUAUUUGAGACCACAUGAAACUUUCCAUGAGCCUACAAGAAAGUUCUUCCCCAAUGAAGUAAUGCGAGUUCCUCUUUAUGAAGCUGUACCGGUAGAACUGGUUAUUUCGCACUGUUGGGUUGUGGACUUGAAUACGUACUGUAAAGGCAGACCGAUUGGUGCUUCACCAGAACAUAUUUAUAUUUGCGAAUACAGGGUUGACAAGGGAGCUAAAAUGUUUAGCAAGGUAUCAAAAAGCAAAUUUCCAAUAUGUACAAAAACAUUUGCAUUUGAACACUUCGAGACGCGUCUCAAAGUCUCUAGAACUUACUGUCCACACGAUGUGGACGAAUCAUUGCUUAAAGCAAAUGGAAGAAAACAUAAAACUGAAGAAAUAGGAAAAACUACAACCCGGGAUAAGGGGGGAGGGACAGGAGUAGGAGGGGGAGGAGGAGCAGUAGGUGGAAAUGGUGUUGGAAUGAGUAUCAAAAAUGAGACUCAGAAUGCAGUAGGCCUUUUACCUCCUAUUAUUAGGACUCCAGCGGAGCAGAAAUCCCGACUAAAUCGAAUAUUACUGAAUCUCUUAAGCAAAAUGCCUACAAAGCAGGUCUGUGACAUUUCGUACUUGCUAGAAGGAGGACGUCGGAGGAAAAAACCGACCGACAAUGCUACUAGUAAAUAAUAGUUAAAUGUUUCAAUCAGUUAUUGAAUGAAAUGGGUGAUAUUUUUAGAUAUUUUCUAUUAUGUUUGCAGAUAUUGAUCUGCAAUUGAAUGUUUUGAAGAUUAUUGAAUAUUUUACAAAACUCGUUUUAGCAAUUAUUGUAAUAUUUAACAUCCCGGUUUUUUUAAUGAUUUCUUCCCAUCUAUAAUUAAGUUUUUAUUUAAUAUUGGUGCACGUCCUGUACGUUGUUCUGUUUUAUCUCACUUGGUAAUUUUAAUAACUAGUCAUAGUAUUGUUAAUAAGUUUUUUAUUAAUGAGCACAUAUUAUUUAUUUGUACAGAAAAAAAUUGUUGCUUAUAUUUUCGUGUUGAAAUUGCAUCUUAUUAGAUAUAUAAUUGGUACAAAUUUUAACCCUGGUACAUUGGUGUCUAUUUUAAAGAUAUAGUUGUAAAUAUGACAUGUCCAAUUUUUGUAACAAUAUGAUUUAAUACACUGUCCGUUAUUUUGAAGUAGACAAUUCAAAAUUGUUCCAUAAACACAAACACCAACAUAACAAAAUUAACAAAUAAUUAAAAAAAAUGUAUUAAAAAUAAGUAAAAACUGCAAAUGCUGCCCUCUAACUUCAAAAAGAAUACCUUUCCUUGUUUUUAAGAAAACAAAUUUAAAAUAUCUUUUUAGGUAAUAUAAUUUGCGAAAUUCACAAUAUCCUCCGUUUCAAAAGACGGGCAGUGUAGUUAGUUGUUACAAUAUAUUUCACAAAUUUUCAGUUGUAAAAUGCUUGUAACAUUCAAUUGAAAUUGAAAUUUUAUUUACACAUUUUGAAAUGUUUUUCUGUAUUUUUAGCAGUGCUUUCUUCAUUUACAAUUAAGAUUCAUUUUCAUAAAAUUGUUAAUCAAAUAUGUAAUAAAAAUGAAAAAAAAAUAAAUAAUUGGACUGUCAUGUUAAUUAUUCAUUAUGUGGCAUUUAUUUUUAUAAACAAUUCUUUAAAAGAUUAUUAUUUUAUUGUAUAUAAUGAAAGUCUGGAUAUGGGUGCUCACACAUUACAAUUGAUUAAUAAAUUGAGCUAUUCGAAAAUGCUUCCAAGUUUUAUAGUUUUUAAGCCAACUUUUUUGUGGUUUAUUAUUUAAAAUAUUUAUAAAAAAUAAUAUUUAAUACAUCUUUUGUAUUUCUAUUUAUGUCCGAAUAAGUUUGAAUAUUCUUUGAGCUGUCUCUCUACUUCCUUUAAAGCCCACCUAUUGUUUUUUUAACCUAUAUAACAAAAAAAAAACUAGCAAACUAGGUUCUAUAACUUCAUGAAAUCAUAAAAAUUGUAUUUUUAAUAAGUGAAAAAAUAAUGGGUUAUCAUUUAAUUAAAUAAAAUCAUGCAUCUUAAUAUUCGUGAAUACACGAAAAUCAAUAAUGCUCUCUAUACCAAAACAUACUAAAAAAUGCUUUAUUUAGUAAUAGGGUACUGAAAACAAACUGUUUUAUGUAUAUUCCAGAAAAGAAAAUAUAAAUGUAACAAUAAAGACAUUUCUAUUCUUUUGAACUUGGCACCAAUUAGUAAAAAAGUAAAGCAUGUACACUGCUCAACAUACUUAGAGCAACGAUUGUAUCUCAAUAACUUUUUAAAUAUUACUGGAAUACGAAUAUUAAAACUGAAAAAAACAAUUCAAUAAUUUAUCAAAAACCAAACAAAUUUUACACAAUCAACACAAGAAACAAAGUGCAAAGCAAAUAUAAAGCUGUUGAUAGGUUCACUGAUAAUGUGAGACUAGAAAAUGAAUGGCUGCUUAUAAUCUUUAAGGUAUGCCUUGCAUGAGCAUAGUACAAUAUGGUUAAUUGUUCUGUAGAACUUGCUCGGUGCUAUGUAGAGUUAGGAAAUACAAAAAAUACGUGCAAAAUUAAUUGAUUUUCAAUAUAGCAUAAUGUGUUUUUAAUGCCUUUGGGAGCAUGUUCACACAAACGACCCCAAACGGGAGGGAGGUUUGUGCUCCUCCGUACCCACCCCUUAAUCUCAAAUAUAUUCUGGAGGCCACCUACAUGGUCUUGAAAAAAUUUGAACCCUAACCAUAUCUAGCAGUUUUAACAUGGUAUAAUGUUCAGAAUAAGAUUCCUCUUGGGCGUAAAUCUUUAUAAUGACUCUUAUAACAGUACGACAAGAUUGAGCUGGCAAGUCAGAAUUAAAUGCGCAUUUUUAGAUUUGCCAGUGCGCAUCUAAUUCUGACUUGCCAUCUUAAUCUUGUCGUACUGUCCAAUAAGUUUGUUUACUGGUGGCAUUUAAAAAGUUUCUCUAAAAUCUUUGAGCAGUGUAUAGUGGAAGAUUUUCUUUUAUACAUUUAUAAAUCUGAUCCAAAUAUUUACUGUUAUUGUGUGUAAUAAUCAAAUCUAGACUUAAGAAAAUCUAAUUUUCAUCAUUCUAUGAGGAGAGCCAAUCUUUAUUAUACCCAACAUUAUUUAAAAAAAAAAAUAACUUAAUUUUAUAAGAAGUUAAAUAUAAUUUAGG